CUUCGACGCAUUAGGAGUUACCACCGAAGAAAUUAAAACCCAAAUUUCAGAACAUUCCUUCGAGUAGAGUUACCACCGAAGAGGUACUUCUGAAUUCGCACAAUCGGUGAUAAUUGUAUUUUUAUUUUAUAAUAUUUAAAAUUUGUAGCAGUUUCAUCGAGUAACAGUCAAAGUUUGUUCCUUGGAAGCUACGAUUCGGACAUGGCUCGUAUUCGAAAUAAGAAGAAAAAACCAUUUGUUAAGCCGAUCAUCAACAAGCAGUCGAGUGUGGAUCACAUAACUGGAGACAAGAUUCCAAAGAGUUUUGUUUUUUCUCGGGGGAAGUUGCCGGGUCCUCUUAGACAAUUGCAGAUGGAUUUAAGAAAGUUGAUGCUUCCUUUUACUGCUCUUAAGCUCAAGGAAAAAAGGCGAAAUAAUCUCAAAGACUUCUUGAAUGUUUCAGGACCUAUGGGGGUAACACACUUCCUCAUUUUAUCUAAAACUGACACGGCACCAUACUUGAGAGUUGCUAGGACACCCCAGGGUCCAACGCUUACAUUUAAAAUAAAUGAAUACUCAUUGGCUGCUGAUAUUGCUCAAAGUCAAUUGCGUCCGAGAUGCCCCAAAGAUCUCUUCAAAAACUCACCCUUGAUUGUUCUUUCUGGUUUUGGGACUGGGGAGCAACAUCUGAAGCUCACUACAAUAAUGUUUCAAAACAUAUUUCCUGCCAUAGAUGUGAACACUGUCAAUCUUUCUUCGUGCCAAAGGAUUGUAUUACUAAAUUACAACAAAGAGACGAAGCUUAUUGACUUCCGUCACUUCUCCAUUAGAUUACAACCUGUUGAUGUUUCACGCAGAAUUAGGAAAUUUGUGCAAAACCAUCAGGUGCCUGAUUUGAGAAAUCUUCAAGACGUGAGUGAUUUCGUGACAAAGGCUGGUUAUGGAUCAGAAAGUGAAGCAGAUGAUGAAGCUGCAACUGUAAGUCUAGCAACUGACCUUGGUAGAGUUAAUCGGGCUUCUAACAAAAGUGCUGUUAAGCUUCAAGAGAUUGGACCUAGGAUGACACUUCAACUCAUCAAAGUCGAGGAAGGACUGUGUUCAGGAGGAGUAAUAUUCAAUGAAUAUGGAAAUCACGUGUCAAGUAAAAAUAAGAAAAUCGAUGAUGAAAAGCAAGAAAACGAGGAAGAUAAGGAUGGAGAGCAAGAGCACGAGGAAGACGAGGAGGAAGAACAAGAUGAUGUGGAAGAAGAUUAGCUUCCUAAUGUAGUCAGUCAGUGUGGGUAAAGCAGGAUGUAACUUUUCUAUACUUCUUCCCUUGAUUGGCAAUAGCAUUGAUAAAUUUCACAA